UCGGAAGCUCCAGCAUAGCAACAAGUUUACCUCAGAUCGAGUCAGAGUACGCUGGCUGGCCGUCCAUUUUGCAAUUCUUUUUUCUUUCUUUCCCUACACUCCUCCGCUGGUUGGGUUGUUGUGUCAAUCGUUCCCUCCAAGUGGGAAUUGUACCCUAUAUUUGUCUAUAUCACGUCUCACUCGUGCCCGUUUCCCGGCAUGCGAACCUCCCGGGGCUGGGCCUGGAUCGCGCUCGCGACCUCCUGCCCUCUUUCUUCACCGUCCCGUCUCUUCCCCAUGUCAAGUCUUGCGGACACAUGACCCCCUUCCCGAGUCCCCAGAGCCCCGAUACGCGAGGAGGAUCAUGAGGGAGAAGCGAAAGCAAGCAGGACAGAGGCAUGCCCCGCCCUUGCCGGCAUCCGCCGGACCUGAUGCCUGUCUCCCCGUCAGCUUCUCUCAGUUCCUGCGGCUCAUGUCACGACUGCCAGCCAUACUCGUAGCGUACAAGCCGCGGACAAGACACCACAAGCCGUGAUGCGGAAACAUGACCGCGAAGUAAACCCAAGCCUGUCCACCUGCAGCACUUCCCGGCCGGGGAGCAUGUCAGGCCGCAGACAAGUUCAACCCGGGCACCCCCCCUCCAUUACUUGCGCAAGAUAUCUACACCGCGUGGUUCUGUUGCAUCGGUGGGUCGGUAUUUAGACCCCUCUGCCACACAUACACACAGGCACGCUGUUUCUCUAUAUUCCAUGUCAUUAUCUGGGGGGGCCGGGCCAAGUUUUCAUUCCCGUGUCGGACGAAGCUGAGGCAGAGCGCGGCUGGGCUGCGGAUGCGGCAUGCAGGAACAGGCGGUCUGCCUCUCCUUCGUCCCGCUGCAGGCCUUGCGCACGGCGCGCACCAAACGCAACAUCUCGAAGCUAGUGUUUUGUUCUGUUGGAUCCCCUGGUUUCCUCGAUUCCUUUUGUAUUAUACAUAGUUGUGGCCAGCCCACCCGCCACCCGCCCUCCCGCACCAUAGACUCACCACACACACCCCCAUAUCGGAUCCUCGAGAGGUCUGAGUGUCAGACUGGACAGAGACUCUAUUUCGUAGCUCCAAGUUUCUCUUUCUUCCUCGAGUCUUGAGCCUGUGGCUCAUCCACCUCGGAUUUCUCACGUCUACAUGUUCCAUUCAUACGCACGAGUUGUAAGACCGUGAGCAACACAGUCAAGCGGCGCAAAAGGGUGGGAAGACAUGUCGCUCAGAUUCUAUCAGACUCCCGGUCCGGAGCGGCCAUGGCGCCCGCCGGUGAUGGACGAGGACUGCCGGCGCUACCGCCGCCGAGCAAAGCGGACCGACAAGUGGAUUCCGCCCCAGCUUGCCUUUGAAGAAGUGAUCAGGAAUAACACGGAAUCGCCGUGCUCACUAAACGACUUUGUGGACUAUCUCGUCUACGUCGAACAGGACGCGGAACCGCUGCAAUUCUUCCUAUGGUACUGCGGUUACGUCCACUCGUGGACGACUCUGGCGCCCGAGCAGCGUGCUCUUGCGCCGCGAUGGGACCCGGACCGCGGCAGGAAGCUCACUGCCAAGGAGAGGAGGGCCAAAAACUCGAGUAAAGUGAGCAACAUUCUCGAGAUGCUCGACGAGGACAGCAGCUACGCCCAGGCAAAAGCGGGAGGGAACCAUACGCGGAACACGUCUUCGGCAACGAAUUUCUCUCACCCCAGGGCAACUGGUCUCAGAGAUGGUGAAAAGGAAGAGGUGGAAGAGGGGACAGUUCCGCAAGCACCAGCAUCAUCACAUCCCUUCCGCGCAGACAUCGACGCCAUAACAAAACACUACAUCCACGCCGACGCCCCGCGCCGCCUAAACCUCACGAAAGACGACCGCACCGCAGUUCUCAAAGCGACAUCCUCGACAACGCACCCCUCGGCCCUCCUCCCGGCCUUUGAAAAAGCAGAGGCCCUCCUCCGCGGCAAACUCCACCCAGACUUCAUCCGCCACAGCAUGGCCAACGCGAACCGCGCCGCAACGCACCUCCUCCGCCUCCUCGGUCUCGUUCUGCUCACGUUAGGCCUCGGCCUCGACGUCGCGCUCAUCCUGUCCUCGUUCUCGCGGUACUACCGCCUCCUCUCCACACCUCUACUCUUCCUCGGUCUCGCGAUCCUCGUCGCGGCCCUCGACGGCGUCUCGCUAUCCCUCCACCUCGCGCGCAGACGCCACGUUCGGCCGUGGGAGGUCCCGGACCUAGAAGCCGGCAGGGGCGGUAACGGCGCGGGCAUGAUGUACAAGAACAAGAAGGAAAGAGUCCCCCACCGCCGCGCCGCGACGAGCGAGAGCGUCGCGGGCGCAGUCGACCCCUUACGAAAACCCGCGCUCUCGACGCUCGGCGCGGAGAAUUACCUGUCCUUCAAGGGCGAGGAGUGGGUUGCCGCGUACGAGCGCCGGUGGCUUUGGCGGCGCGUGUUCGAGCGCAGCCGGGCGAGCCGGAACAAGCACCUCCGGAUCCUGCAGGACGGCGUCGUUGCGGGCGCGGUGUUGUGGGCUUCGCUGGCGACGAUUGGGGUUGGUGUCGGGUCGGUUUUUAUACCCUCGUAUCGUUUGUUUUGAGUAAGGUUGGUAGAUGAGCUAAUUGGCGGGAGGCUUUUACGUUCAGAGGCACACUUACACUUAUACCAUGGG